UCGAGACCAAACAACAUGACAAACACCGACACAGACAAGAAGUUGCUCCACAAGCUGGGUUUCAUGCUGGGCGAGACCUUGGGAGAGGGUAAAUUCUCCAAGGUGAGGGCGGCCACCUCCACCAAGUACAGGGUUCCCCUGGCUAUCAAGAUGGUGGACAAGCGACGGGUCUCCCAAGAAUUCGCGCAGAAGUUUCUGCCCCAGGAGCUCUCCAUCCUCCGCAAGCUUGACCAUCCCAACAUCGUGCAAACCUUGGAGAUCUUUGAGAUGACCAACGGGAUGGUCUACAUUGUGAUGGAGUCAGCAGGCACUGACCUGCAGCAGCGGCUGGACCAGACGGGCAAGCUGCCCUGCAUCCCCGACGCCCGGGACAUCUUUGUGCAGGUUGUGGGGGCUGUGUGUUACCUCCACGGCUGCAACAUCGUGCACCUUGACAUCAAAUGUGAGAACAUCCUGCUCAGUGCUGAUGGUCGCCAGGCCAAGAUUGCUGACUUUAGCCUGAGCAAGGAGGUGAGCAGCGUCCCGGAACUGAGCACCACCUUCUGUGGGACAGAAUCCUACGUGGCCCCAGAGCUUUGGCUGCGUUUCCCCCAUGACGCCAAGAAGGUGGACGUGUGGAGCCUGGGGGUGGUCCUUUUCGCCAUGGUGACUGGCUCCUUGCCCUUCCACGGCUGCCUCUGCAACAUGGUCCAGAAUCAGCAGCAAGGGGUUCUGCACCUGAGGGGGGUGUCCCAGCUGCCGGAGCCCUGCCAGGCCCUCAUCGUCCAGAUGCUGCAGUUCUUCCCACACACCCGGCCCAGCAUGGAGCAGGUGGCCAGCAGCAGCUGGCUGAAGGGGGAUAACUAAGGGGGGAUCCUCCCCAGAGACUGUGUUGGACUGUCACUCUUUUGUUCAAUAAAUGCUGUUGAGAAAAAGCUCUUGAGCAGUUUGAGUAGCUGUG